AUAGAUUUAGUCUUCGAAAAUGACGGCAUACAUACUACUACUAUUGGUGGUCUUUCUUGGGGUCUGCAGUGCAUCCACUCUCUCCCGUACGGCUGUCCACCCACGGGAUCUGGAAAUCCGACAUCGAAGCAUCGAGGGUCGCAUCACGAACGGAAAUGAGGCAACGGAGGGCCAAGUUCCCUACAUUGUGGGAGUGAGCCUGAACAGCAACGGCCGCUGGUGGUGGUGCGGUGGCUCUAUUAUUGGACACACUUGGGUGCUCACUGCCGGUCACUGCAUCGAUGGCGCAGAUGAGGCUUCCCUGUACUACGGUGCCAUCAACUACAACGAACCUGCAUUCCGCCACACCGUGGGCAGGGAGAACCUGAUCAUGUACCCAGAAUAUCACGGACGCGAUGCUGAUUUGGCCUUGAUCAAGACUCCUCAUGUGGAUUUCUACAGCCUGGUUAACAAGAUUGAGCUGCCCAGUCUGGAGGAUCGGUACAACUCUUAUGACAAAUCCUGGGCUCAAGCCUCCGGGUGGGGUGCCAUCUACGAUGGCAGCAAUGUGGUCGAGGAUCUGCGAUUUGUGGAUGUCCAGGUGAUCUCCGUGGCGGAGUGUCAGGCUUAUUACGGAACCGGAACUGCCACCGAUAAUGUCAUCUGUGUGGAAACUCCUGAUGGAAAGUCCACCUGCCAAGGAGAUUCCGGUGGUCCUUUGGUCACAAAAGAGGGCAAUAAGCUGAUUGGAGUUACUUCCUUUGGCUCUAGCUAUGGGUGCCAGGUGGGAGCUCCGGCUGGGUUCACCCGUGUGACCAAGUACUUGGAAUGGAUCAAGGAGGAGACUGGCAUUUAUUACUAAAAGCUAAAUAUGGAACAUUUCAGAAAAUAAAUAAUAAAAGGAAUAUAAAUACGAUUAAA